AUGGCGCACGUCGUUCCGGGAGUCCCAGGCACCCGCUUCUCCAAGCACUAUGCUAUGAGCAAGUGGAACGAGGAGCACCUGCGGUUCGAAGCUGACGCCUACGAGCUCGAGGUCAUUGGAGAGAUCCCCAGCACAAUCCACGGGGCCUUCUACCGUGUCCAGCCAGACCACGCAUUUCCACCCGUCUUUGCCGAAACCGAAAUCCCUCUCAACGGCGACGACAAUGUCAGCUCCUUCUACAUCAAGGAUGGCCACGUCGACUUCAAGCGGCGCUACGUGCGCACGCCCAAGCUCUUCGCCGAGCGAGAGGCCAGACGGGCCCUCUUUGGCAGGUACCGUAACAAGUAUACGGACGACCCGCGCGUCCAGAACAUACUCAAGGGCACCACGGCCAACACUCAUGUCGUCUUUCACGACAACAAGCUGAUGGCGCUCAAGGAGGACGCCAGGCCCAUGGAGCUUGGCCCCAUCACUCUCGAGACCCUUGGCUACGACGAGACCCUCGACUACCAGCUUUUGGGUGUCAUCCCUCGGCGAGGCACAAAGCCCGAGGACGCCAAGUGGUUCAAGACGCCUCAGGGAUGCUGCUCGCACACCAUCAACGCCUAUGAGGAGGACGGCAAGCUGGUCUUGGAUGCCAACGUCUGGACCGACGCGCACUUUCCCUUCUUCCCCAACACCAAGGGCGAGAGGUUCUUCACCGACCCCAGAAAGGUCACGGCACCCAUCCUUCGUUACCGGUUCGACCCCAACGCCAACACCGACAAGAUGAUCCACCCAGAGGGUGUUUUUGUCGAAGGGGUCAACGAGUUUGGCCGCAUCGACGACCGACUCCUGGGCAAGAAGUACUCGCGCGUCUGGAUCUUGAAGGUGGACCCCACUCACCAGGUCAAGCUCAACGACCACGAUGCGGCCCAGGGCAAUGUCGGCUUCAACACUCUGGUGUGCUACAAUUUCGACACGGGAGAGCUGCAGUCGUACCGCCACGAGGACGACACCACCUUCCAGGAGCCUGUCUUUGUGCCCAGGCACGAGGGGGCUGACUAA